UGAGUUAGAAUAAUCUAGUAACACACGAUGACCUAACUUUAUUAUUAAAUAAACUAAAAAACACAAAACGUCGACCUCAUGAUGGGAAGCGUAGACCACAGCGUUUAGUUACCCGGACACUUUUCGAAGUUACACAGGAGGACAUCAAAACAAUGGAGCCACAGACGAAACGCUGGAAGGGGUCAGCGUGUGAUGCAGACUCCUGGGUCCCCUAUCCUGUCCUGUCAGAUGAGCAGUCACAAGACGUGGAGCUGGUAGACGCGUUCGCUGCCCCCAUCACCAACAAGAAAGCAACGUCUCGGCUUGUCAGGGAGCUGAACGCCCUCUAUCCACUCAGUGGCCUUCAGCAUAUCAAGAGGGUACGAGCUUGUAAGGACGAGAAUGGGCCCCACCCGUUGCAAGUGCUUCUGUGCCUCGUCAGCGAUGCUCCAGACAUGAAGGUGGUCAGCAUCGACUCUCUUUUACCUUCGGAUGGAGCUAAAUGGGAAGGACUAGGGGAGCCCUUUGUGGUGCAGAUUCCUGCUUGGCCUCCGUUGACCCGACCUCAGUUUGAGCUGGUGAGCCGGCGCUGGCCCACGUCCUUUCAUGAAGACAAACAGGUGACAGUUGCACUCAAAGGAGAACUCUUCGGCCCCCAACAGAAAGCCAUGAUGCACUUGUACAUGAUGGCUGCUCUGACCGCUGCUAAAGCUGCCAAGGAUCUGGGGAUGGAGGCGGUUGGAGCAGUAGUUGUUGACCCCGAGAAGGAGCAGAUCAUAGCAGUCGGCCAUGACUGCAGGGGCAACCACCCUCUGCAUCAUGCAGUCAUGGUGUGUAUCGACCUUGUAGCUCAGAGCCAGGGCAGUGGAUGUUAUCGUUUUGACAGUUUUACAGCCUGCAGCUUUACUUCACCAAAAAUAAAUGCGUCCAAUCCCGAGGUGGGCCCUCGGCCGUACAUAUGCACUGGGUAUGACCUGUAUGUGACCAGAGAACCUUGUGUUAUGUGCGCCAUGGCUCUGGUACAUUCCAGGAUCGGUCGGGUUUUCUAUGGCACCGCCUCUGCAGACGGAGCAUUAGGGACCAAGUUUAAAAUCCAUUCUCGGAAAGACCUGAACCAUCGUUUUGAAGUUUUCAGGGGAGUUCUGAGUGACCAGUGUGAGCACCUGAACAGGAUGUGACCUCGUUAUGGUUUAAAGUGAAUUACGUCAAAACAUUUUAUUACCAAGACCUCACAGAGAAUAAAAAACAAGAUUUACUAUGUAGAAAUGUUUCUGAUCCUGAUUUUUGGUUUGACUGUUUGCAGAUUAAGAAAUGAGGUCACACCGUUUCAUGAUUUAGGUAUAUCCAUGUGGAAAUGUUUAAAUUAAAAAGCAGUAGCCAUUUCUGUUUCAUCAGGUGAAUAAAACCAACUUUUCCAACCAAAUUCUCUCGGAGGGUGAACAUGUUCUAUAAUAAAUAAUUUACAUGAGGAUAUUUAAACCGUUUAUUUUGUAAGCCUUUGACUUUUAAAAGACCACGAAAUCAUCUUGUGAUAACCUGAAGGAACGUAAAACUCAACCGGCUUGUUUUAGGCUUUACCAAAAUACUAAUCCAUCAUGAAGAAG